AUGGCGGACCCGCAACCACCGACCCUGAAUAGCUAUAUCCCAGAAGACAUCGUGCUGGAGAUCCUGGCAAGGUUACCAGUCAAGUCAUUGCUGAGCUUCAGGCGCGUAUGCAAAUCCUGGAACUCCAUCAUCUCCAGUCCUUAUUUCAUGGCCACCCACCUUAAAUAUGGUCCUCGUCGUGGUUAUUAUCUUCUAUACCAGACUAUGUUUGCUGAAAUACAUGAAUCCUCAUGUACAGUCGUCUGCGACCGGACCUAUGACAGGAUUUCCGAAUUAGAACCGCCCUUCACGCAUAGCGGAAUAGUGGGUUCCUGCAACGGCCUACUUUGUGUGGAGUCACGAGGAUUCAGGCGUUUGAGUUUGUGGAACCCCAGCAUUGCAAGAUUCAAGAUUUUGCCCGCUCCUUGCUUAGCUCGCGGCUAUAGAAGUUUUACAUACGGAUUUACGUAUGUUUCCGAGGAAAACGACUUCAAAAUUGUCAAGAUUUCAUACAGUGAGUUUACAACUACGCUUCCUCGGGCUCAGGUUUACACAUUAAGUUCGAAUUCUUGGAGAAGAAUCGAUGAGCCUAUCCCUCUGAAACCCGAUGCUCUAAUCUACAAUAUUGGUUGUAAUCAUUUGCCCUGCCCGUGCAUUGCUGGUGCUUUGCAUUGGAUCGUGCGUAGUAAAGGAAGUGAUGACUGGAGAGACAAUAAAAAGAUUUUGUCAUUUGAUCUCAGGGAUGAAAAAUUCGGGGAGAUAGCACUGCCUAACAGUUACUUGUACUACGAUGGAUGGGAAUAUCUUGGCUUGUUCAAGGGAAAGCUUGCUUCGUUUAGUUUUGCAAACUGCCGGAUUGGGAUAUGGGUGAUGACAGAUUAUGGAAUGGCUGAAUCUUGGACUCUGCUUAGGACUGUGGAAUAUGAGCCAGGCGUGGUAGAUUUCCGGGGCUGCACCGACGGUGGUGCCGUCGUGAUUGCAAGGAUGCGCCGUGAGUUUUGUACACUAAGUUUUAUUGAGACUGAAGAAGCUUCACAUGAUCGUGUGAGGACUAUUAAUGGUGGACAUCUUGUAGUAUUUGCAGCUCCUUUCGUGGAAAGUCUGGCUUUACUGGACGGAUCAGAAAGUGUCCAAUCUCUACAUGCACGAACUAAUCAAGGAGGCCGGGAUUUGAUCAAUGAAGCAUUUCCAUUUAUUAAAGAGAUCGACUGA